AUGGAAUUUAGAAAGACCGGUGUUCAUGUUGCAUUGGCUUAUCUGUCAGAUAUUUUCGAAUCUUUAAACACAUUGUAUUUGAAAAAACAAGGUGGAGAGUCAAACAUAAUUUUUCAUCGGGAUGCCAUCAAAGCGUUUACUUAUAAGUUGCAACUAUGGAAACGUAAAAUUUUAGCCUGCAAUUAUUCCUGCUUUCCCAGAUUGUUUGGAAUUCUGGAAGAAGCACAAUUUCGAAACUAUUUUAAGGAUACUGAUACGAAGAGUAAAAUAUCGAACCAUUUGCAGCACCUCAUUGAUGAAUUCGAGUUAGCGACGGAUCCAUUUCACGUUGACGUGGAUCUGUUGCCAGACAGACUACAAGAGGAAGUCUUAGAAAUUAAAAAUGAUUCUACAGGGAAGUAUGACUUUGAGAAGAUGGAUAAGCCUUUAUUUUGGGUGAAAUAUCUCAUGGUGUAUCCCAGCACAACAGAACAAGCACUGAAACUGUAUUUACCAUUUUCAAGCACUUAUUUGUGCGAAAGAGCAUUUUCAGUGGUAGUGGCGAUAAAAAAUAAGCUUAGAAGCAAACUCAGUAUUGCCAAUGAUUUACGUUGCGCAGUUUCUACUAUUCAGCCAAGAAUUCAAAAUCUUGUAAAAAAUAUGCAAGCUCAUCCUUCAUUUUGA